GGCGACAGUUGAGCGUCGUCACCGGUUGGCGGAGCCGCAAAGUCAUCACGGUGAUAUCGGGAAUUCCUCUCCGUGUAGGGCUCCGCGUGUGUGACGGAGAACCGGAGCCUCACUCUCUGCAGGGAGGAAGCAGCACGCACCGAAUACACGUGAGGCGUCAACCGUGUACAUCUACCAUGUUUCCUGCCCGUGUUUUCAUCUGAGCCCGGCUCCGCCGCAGGAGGAGGAGAAAGACAUGUAUCUGUGUGAGAGUGGGAAAGUAGUUGAGGUUUGAUGAGAACAAACUUAGAAAAGAGACAACAUGGUCAACUGCAUCUUCAUCUGCAUUUCCUGCUCAUAAACAUCAGAUCUGAGAUCUAUACUGCUACUAAGGUGACCCCAGCAAGGCCGACUUGAAUAGAUUUUGCCAUGUUUUCUGAUGCUCUGGACGCUGCUGGGCGGGUGGAGGGCCUGCCACUGUCCUCCCCACCGCCACUACCAGAGCUGGCAGAGGAGGAAGCAGAGGCCUCAGCGGAGAGGGGGCCGAAGAGACGAGGCCGUUACAAGCAGAGUCUGCAGCUUUUAAAGCCCUUCAGGAUAACACACAGGCACCAGCACCCAGUCGAUAACGCCGGCCUCUUUUCAUUUAUGACUCUGCACUGGCUCUCCCCACUGGCACUAAAGGCGUUCAGGGCGUCCAGCCUGUCUAUAGACGAUGUGUGGGGACUGUCUUGCCACGAAGCCUCUGAGAUCAACUGCCAAAGGCUUGAAUCGUUGUGGCAUGACGAGCUGAAGAGUCGAGGGCGCGAGGGUGCAUCUCUGACAAGAGUCUUCUGGAGGUUCUGCCAAACCCGCGUAUUGGUGGCCAUCUUUUCCCUCCUCCUCACAAUGGUGGCAGGCUUCAUUGGGCCUGCUCUCCUGGUGCGAGCUCUGCUGGAGUAUUCCCAGAGUCCAGUGAGCUGCGUUCCUUACGGCCUGUCUCUGGUAGCCGGGAUCUUCCUCACGGAGCUGAUACGCUCCUGGUCCAUGGCGCUCAUGUGGGCCGUCAACUACCGCACUGCAGCGCGCCUCCGUGGGGCCGCCCUUACUUUUGCUUUCCACAAAAUCCUCCGCCUACGCCACACUAAAGACAUCACACCGGGCGAGCUGAUUAACAUCUGCUCGAAUGACGGCCAGCGGCUGUAUGAAGCAGUUUCAAUAGGCUGCAUGCUGGCUGGGGGGCCCCUGGUGGGAAUACUUGGUCUGUCCUACACUGCAUACUUCCUGGGCCCCACUGCUCUGCUGGGCUCAGCAAUUUUCAUCCUCUUCUACCCUACCAUGAUGCUCGCAUCGAGACUGACGGCAUAUUUCCGCAAAAAGUGUGUGGCAGUGACUGACCGCCGCGUGAGGUUGAUGAACGAGAUCUUGGGCUGCAUGAAGUUCAUCAAGAUGUACUGUUGGGAAGACAUCUUUGCAAAGAAUAUUCACAAGGUGCGAUCAGAGGAGAGGGGAAUACUUGAGAAAGCUGGUGUCGUCCACAGCCUCACAGUGGGUGUGGCUCCCAUCGUCGUGGUGAUAGCAAGCGCAUGCACUUUCACCCUACACAUGGCUUUGGGCUAUGACCUCACUGCAGCUCAGGCUUUCACUGUAGUUGCAGUUUUCAACUCCAUGACCUUUUCCUUGAAAGUCACACCAAUGGCUGUAAGGUCACUGUCGGAGGGUGCCGUCGCAGUUAAAAGAUUUCAGAGGCUCUUUAUGAUGGAAGACAGAGAGGUUGUUUUGCUCAAAAUGGAGGAUCCUAGCAACGCGGUGGAAUUUCGGGAUGCCACACUGGCUUGGGAAAAGGCUCGCCCUCCUCCUGCUAAACCUAACCCACCUCCGAAGAAACGGGGAGGGAUGAAACGCGUGCUGCGCAGGGAGAAGCUCAGCCUGUACAUUUCCACAGAGGAAGGCAAAGGGAACAAGGAAGUUCCUAACGCUCAAAGUCUCCUCACUAAUAUGGAGCAGGAGAGUCCACAAAGCACCAUCUCCUCCACACAAAGCAUACGGCCUCCACUGCACAAGACCCUGCACCGCAUCGACCUGCGCAUUAAGAGGGGCUCACUGGUUGGAAUCUGUGGAGGCGUCGGUACAGGAAAGAGCUCUCUUCUGUCCGCUCUACUGGGACAGAUGACCCUGUUAGAGGGGAACGUAGCGGUUAGCGGCGGCUUUGCUUACGUCGCUCAACAAGCCUGGAUCCUCAAUGACUCACUGAAGGAAAACAUCCUGUUUGGAAACGUAUAUGACCCGGAGAAAUAUAAUGCUGUCCUGGAAGCCUGCUGCCUUCUCCCAGAUCUUGCAGAGCUCCCAUACGGGGACAUGACUGAGAUUGGAGAGAGAGGAGCCAACCUGAGUGGAGGGCAGCGUCAGAGAGUGAGUCUGGCCCGGGCUCUCUACAGCGAGCGGCCCAUAAUGCUCCUGGAUGACCCUCUCAGUGCGGUCGAUGCUUGCGUUGGUUCCCAUGUCUUCCAUAAAGCUAUCAAAGCUGCCGGCAAAGACAAGACGGUGCUCUUUGUAACGCACCAGCUGCAAUACCUGCCCCAGUGCGACCAUGUGAUUCUGAUGAAGGAUGGGCAGAUUGCAGAGCAGGGCUCCCAUGCUCAGUUAAUGUGUAGAGAGCGUGACUAUGCCAGCCUAUUCAACAGCAUGCAACAGGAGAAUCUGGUGAAAGAGAAUUUAAAAAACAAACGGGAAGGUGCAGUAAAGCCUGACAGUGUGGUCGAUGUUGCCAAGGCCGUGCCAAAGGCUGAAAGCAAGAAAGGAGAGUGUCUGAUGAAAGCUGAGGAGAAGGGCUCCGGUGCAGUCGCCUGGUCUGUGUAUGCGGCAUACAUCAAAGCAGCAGGAGGUCCAAUAGUCUUCAUCAUCAACGUAUUCCUCUUCCUCUCCACCACAGGCACCAUAGCCUUCAGUAACUGGUGGCUGAGUCACUGGAUCGGGCAGGGCAGUGGGAACACAUCAUUAAUCUCGGCGAAUGAAACGAUGGCGAGCAACAGCAUGAGACUCAACCCUCACAUUCAGUACUAUUCCACUGUUUACGUGGCGUCCAUGGGAGCUUCUUUGCUGCUGAAGACAAUGAGAGGGCUGGUGUUUGUGAAGUGCACGGUGAAGGCUGCCUCCGUGCUCCAUGACAAGCUGUUCCGCCAGCUCCUCCUCAGCCCUAUGCACUUCUUUGAUACAACCCCCCUGGGUCGUAUCCUGACCCGCUUCUCCAGAGACAUGGAUGAGGUGGAUGUGCGUCUCACCAUGCAAGCUGAGAUGCUGCUGCAGAACCUGACCCUGGUGCUGUUUUGCUUGGGAAUGGUGAGCAUUGUCUUCCCGUGGUUCCUGAUCUCCAUCCUGCCCAUCGGAGCCUUCCUCUUCGUCAUCAACCGUGUGUCCAGGUCAGACUCUCAUCACUCCUGCUGUUAUCUUUGCUAUUGGCUAUAAGCCUGG